CUUCCAAGUGAAAGAUAUGGCGGAUGCGAGUCUUUGGGUAUUAGGUUAGAUAAAAAGGAAACAAUGAUCAAGUCAGCGGGAAAAGGUGUUAUAUCUGAUCAAAAUCUGCCGAAAUGACAAGAUGAGCGAAGGGAGGAAGACACAGAUAAUACUUUUAGAAUGGGAAGACCACAAAUUGGAAAUCCUUGUGCAGCCAAAACUGUUGGCCAAGGAAUUACUUGACCUGGUGGCGUCACACUUCAGCCUGAAAGAGAAGGAAUAUUUUGGGUUAGCUUUCAUCAUUGACACAGGGCAUUACAACUGGUUGGACUUGGAUAAAAGAGUACUUGAACAUGAGUUUCCUUCAAAAGUUGGACUCCUGACUCUGUACUUUGCUGUCAGGUUCUAUGUGGAAAGCAUUAACCAGCUGCGGGACAGCUCGACAAUAGAGGCAUUUUACCUCAAUGCCAGACAUUUGGUUUACAAGGGUCAGUUGGAAUGUGACAGCGAGACAGCAUUUGAACUGGCUGCUCACGCAUUACAAGCUACACAUGGUGAUUUCAUCAGUGAUACUAAAACAAAAGCUGACCUCAAGAAGUUACCUGUGUUGCCUACAAGUGCAUUAAAGGAGCAUCCAUCUCUGGAGUAUUGGAGAAAGCGGUGGUUUGUUGGUAACUGGAUAAAGUGGUGGUUUGUAGGAGAAAGUGGUGGUUUGUUGUUCUUCAGCUGGAGACAACUGGAAAACUUGUUUUACAGAGAUACUAUCAAGAAGUUUUCAAUAGAAGUUAAUGAUCCAAAACGUAUUGUUCACACGCUGAGCAGUUUCAACCUGUAUGAAGACGCAAUACGAGAACCAAUCGAGGAGUUUGACGAUUUGUCAGACGCCAUUUCAGAUCCUACCACUCAAGUGUCUGUAAGCAGGAGGACAUUUGGGCCAGGAAAUGUUGCAGUACACUCUUGGUUUGCUUCAUCUCCACAACUGACAAAGUCAAUAUGGUUUAUGGCAGUGAAACAGCACCAGUUUUACCUGGACAGAAAACACAGCAAGUCCCAGCUCCCAUCCGGUCGCAGCAUGAGCGAGAUAGCAGCAGAGUUAUCCCACAGCAAUGCCUCUCUCUCUAGCUCUGCAACCUCAGACAUGAGCCGCAGUGAGAGCUCCCACAGCAUACCCAGUCUCUCCACCUCCAGGUUUGAUGUGAAUCUUGACCAGUCAGAAACCACUCGAGAGGCACAGAGAGAGAUGUAUUCUGCACUUCAGCAACGUAAGGAGGCUUUAGAAGAGACAAUGAGAAAAAAACUUGAAGAGCUUAAGCAGCUAUGUCUCAAGGAAGGGGAGUUGACAGGAAAGCUGCCGUCUGAAUAUCCUGCUACCCCAGGGGAAAACCCUCCACUUAUUCGCCGGCGAAUAGGAACAGCUUUCUCCCUCAAUGCUAGAACAGUGUCGCAGAAUAAUAGUGACACCAGCAAUGAGUUGUCUCAGCUGGAGCUGGAGUAUGACCUGCAGUGCAAGAUCAACAAGGCAGCUCACAUACUGGCCAAGGACAAAAGUGUCAGCAAAGCAGCCAGAAAACAGAGGCUCCAGUCCUACCAGAAAUCUACUCAAAAGUUGAAAGAGAUGGAGAAGAAACUGAAUGAAUUACGUCGGUUAGCAGGCCGUGGUGCUCUCAAGUCUCCUAGCCAAUCUCAGGCCAAUAUAUCCUCAGGUCAGUCAGAUAACCGAAGUGAGGGAAGCUUGUGCCCCACAGACAGUGCCAGUGAUCUUCAGUCCAUAGCUUCAUCGGUGUCCGACACAGUCUCUCCUGAGGAAUCCCCUUCUGUUGGCAGGACCACAUGGGGACAGAAACAGGUUGGAUCUCUACAUAUAGAAGAUAUCUCAUUGUCUGAACCAGAUCAUAUCAAUAGACAGGGAACUUCUGACCUGAGGAAUUCUCAAAGUUCUGAAAUUUUACCCCUCUCCAGGAAACGGGCAAGGGGGUUCAAGACAGGUUAUGUGACAAGUCAGGUGUACUCCACACAGACCCAGUAUCGGGCCCAGCGGUUCCCAACACUUAGUGGCCGGAGUCGGUCAGACUAUGACAGUUUCCAGGGAUCACCUCAGCAUCAUCAUCCUCCUCCUCAUCCCCAUUACGGUGGCAGCCAUUCAGGGCCUAUCAGUCCCAUCAGUUCUGUGUCAAACAGUAAUUUAUAUAAUGUGAACACCCGGCGGACAUCUCAGUAUGACAGCACUGAUGAACUUCAGACUCCCACAAAUUAUGAUAGUUACAAGGACUCACCUGUGUAUAGUCCGGACAUGACAAGAGAGAGUAAAUUCAAGCUGCCGGUAAAGCACGGGAGUUUAGAAAGUGGCUUACGGCAGAAGAGCACUCCGCCGGGUCUCUCAUCUGCGAUAUACAUGUACGGUAGCCUGGACAGGCGGGAGCGUGAGCGAGAAAAAGGGGAAAGUCAAGCGGAUCGUGGAUACCCCAGCGAGUUUUGCCCCACAGACGUGCCUGAUGAUACAGGGGACAUAAUGAGGGGUUACCCUCAGGACUAUUGCCCCACGGAGUCACCCAGCUACAGAAAGCCUGGGUCUCCUGCGCUAGUGUUUGAGUACCCAACACCUAGGAAUAGUACAUCAGAUUCUGGGAGUCAGGGACAGCCUGUGAGCAGGAACAACUCAGAUAGCUGGAAAUCCUCUCCCUACCCUGCUUCCCUGCACGCAGUCGCAGGUUACACAUUCAGAGUCGCCCAGCCUUCACCCACUCCUCACGAUAGCCGAAUAGUGACCGUGAACAAAAUGAAGCCCCACACUGAGGUGUCCAAGCCAUAUGAAACGUCAGACUUUUAUAAAUACAGCGAGAAACUGCGGCGGCAGAGGAUGGUGGAGCAGUACAAGCAGAUGUUGAUAGGCAGCGAAAGUGUGUCCUUAGCAAGUACCUCUUCUCAACACUCCUCUGACAGUGAUCAUUCCUCUUACUUGGGUGUGCCCGUUCCACAGGGCCAUCCACCCAGUGACCACGGUCUGCACCCUCGUCGCCCUACAUGUCGGCGACGUCGUCUCCAUACCCACGCCCUUCCUCUCCCUGCCCUUACCCACACUCCAUGGGUGGGCGGACCUCCUUAUCAACACAUGCGAGCCAAGACUCAAAGUACUCCAUUGGGGGGUCAUGUGCAGUAUUCAUAUCAGUCCCCAGUGGGAACCCCAAACAUGUACAAAUCAUCUCCUCACGGUCAAUCCACCCCGGUACAGUUACUGAGACAAUCACCACUACCAGCCUCCUAAAGCUAUGGCUUGUCAACCUGUAGGCCUGGAGAGCCAGGGGAAAUCACUGGGGAGCCCCCAUCCAAGGUCUGAUGACUGUGAGCAUGUUGACAAUCACUUCCAACCUGGCGGUCGUUUUAAGUCCCCAGAGAGCAGUUUUCACCUGGAUGCAGGUGAAUCGUUAGCGGAGGCCUUCAGCGAGGAGAUGUUAAAAUGGUAUGCAGACCAGGAUGGAAACAAGAAAUCUGCAACACUUGUGUAACUAUACUCAUCAUGGGCUUCAGUGUGUGAGAAUGUGGACUGACAAGAUGUACACUGCUUUCCAGACUGCCAACCAAGUGCUAAGAUAAAUCCCACUACGUGUAUUUAAGAAUAUACCGCUGAAUCUCGUAUUGAUAAUGGUGCUGUUCUAUAUUUACUGCAAUUUUUCAGACUAUAUGGUACCAAAUUCAUCAAAUGUGGUAACUUGGAUCAUUCCAUUUUUAUGCAUAUUCCAAGGGAGUUGUGUUCUUAGAGUGUGAUUCUUGGCAUGUUUAGAACAGAUUUUGUUCACAUUUGUAGAGUAAUAUAUAAGUAUGUAUGUUUAUCACCUUGUGAAACAGUUUGUCAAGUAUCAUUGUGCUACCUGUAUUCAUCUUGACUCAUUAGGCAGCAGUUUGUAAGUGGCCUUCUCUACCUUUUGAUUGUUCAUUUAUUUUUUUUUUUUUAAAAAAAGCUAAUAAAAUGUAUAUAAGAAGCCAGGAGGCAUUUUAUGUGACAAAAAUUACAGUAAUUAUUUUCUCUGCACUUGAUUUGGGAGAUUUUUUAUUUUUAUUUUGCCUUAAUGUACACACAGCCAUAAAUAUAUGCAUUUUCAACCAGCUGUAAGCAAUUUGGAAACAUUUUCCUGCAAUACUGGAGUAAAUAUACCCAAAGUAAACCUGCUGGGAAUUGAUUUAUUUUAAUCAAACAUAUUGAAAUACUAUUUUAAUACAAUUUUAUCUGGCGUUAUAAAGAGGCAUUCUGUUGUUAAUGCUACAGUGCAGUGCUACAAUGGCAACACCACCAGUUUGGAAGUUUGCUUCCUUUUUUUGUUGGCAUCACCAUGCCUGUUUAUAUUAAAGUCAAAUUUUAGGAAGGUCUUAUGAUCCCCUUGAUAUCUGGCGGUGAAACAAUUGCAUCAAGGAUGUACUGAUUAAAUAUAUUCCACUUUAGAUUCAGUCUGCAUUUCUUACAGAAAUACAUGUGUCAUGAUGACUUGUGCAAUCACCUAAUAUACCUGUUGGUCAUUAGUCUGGUGACGUCUUUGUUAUGAGCCAACUUACAUUAAAAUCAUGUUAAUGGAAACUCUGAUUAAGUCAUAACGUCUGUGAUGAAGAUUAUGAUGAAGUGAUGAUACUUUGUAAAGAAUGACCUUGGUGUGUAGAGUUCUUGGAAAAUAAGUAGAACUGUAUACCUUUCCAAAAUUACUCAUGAAUUAUUAUACAUGUGUUAUGGUAAUUAAGUUAUUUCCUUCAUGGAGAAUGUUUCCUUCACUCAUGACUGUUGGAACAAAUAAUUGCUUACCAGUCACUUUUUCCCCAUGUAAUUGUGAUAGUUAGAUGUGAAAACCAGUGGUUAAUGUUAAUUUUCAGGUGGAAGAAAAUGAUGGGAUCGGCCUGUAUUUUAAUAGUGUCCUGUAAAUUUAGUCGACUGGUCCUUGGAAAUAAUUUUAAAAUAUCUUUCUUUGAAGUAAGGUCAUGUAAUUAGGUAUUUCUUAUCCUUAUUUUGGCCAGGGAAGUGAGACCUCUCAAUAAAGGAUAUCAAUGAUGACGCAAAAGAGUUCCAUUUAAAACUGUGUCUUAUGUGUGCCUCUAAGGGUUGUCUGUUGUCAUCUUCCUUAUUUCCAAGUUGAUAAAGGUUUAAACCCACGUAAGCCUAAUGGGAGCCUCUCACAAGUAAAAAUGGCUGAGAGGGAUCCAUGCUUUCUUACUCCUCUAAAUAUAUUCUCAUCUGGCUGUAUAUGGUCCGUUAGUUUUAAGCCCUACAAAUAACAAGAGUAACAUUUUGUACAAAUUUAUUUGGUUAUCAUUCCGAUGAGUGAAAUUAGUUUUUUAAAUCUUCCUUUUCUUUUGUCCCUGAUGUGAGAUUGUGAUUUAUGCAUUUUUACAAUUAAAUGAUUUGACAAAUAUAUCAGCACAAAGUAGUUUUAGUAUGAUUACACAACAGUGAAAAUUAAUAAAUUUAAAACUUUUGCCAAUUAUAGCCAAGGAUUUUAACUUUUAAUUUGUAGAUAUGGACAAAUGCUCUCUUUUUUUCUACUUUCUGUAAAGUUUUAAGUGUCAAUCUCCUUGGUGUCCAUCCUUAAGGUGGGAAUUUCAAGGGGAUUAUGUUAAUACAAACUGUUGUGUGUGAUCUCCUAGUUUGACAUCAGUAGGAGGGUAAUGUAUUAUGUUAUCAUGUGCAGGCACCAGCAGCUGCAUGGGACUCACAUUACUUGCAAAUUAACACUUAAGGCACUGUAUACAACUAGAACCAAUUAACAAGACUUACCACAUGAAAGAUUAAAACUACUUGUGCCAGGUUUCAUUUGUUCUCACAGUUGCGCAAGCUUGAUUAUGCACAAUGUAUUCCCUGAGUAUGCUCUCUUUUGAACAUUGGUGUUCAUUUGUGUAUGCUGGGAGGAUAUGUUUUUAGUUUUCUCACAAUUUCAUAUAUGGUACCGCUAGCCAGCAGUUUUAAGAGGCACAGCUAUAUUGACAUAUAUAUAUAUAGAUCUGUGUUUUUAGGCAGGGAGCAGCUUAGUGCACAGACAGCUGUUGCCAUGAAAAUGAUGAAGGAAUAGAAAUAUGGCUUCAGAGAAUUGUCACAAAUUAAGAAACACAAGAGACAGCAGAGAUCUAGAUCCUGUAUGUUUGUCAGCCAGACUGAGUACUUUGUCUACAUAUCACAUUGAUUCAUGGACAGUCACCAUGGCUGAAAACCAAUGUCUACGUUUUGUCAUUAACAUAAUCCUUGCAUGAUGCUUCGAGUGUCUGGCCAACUACAUGGCUUAUGGUUAGACAUCUAGCAGUGACACUUAGUGCACCAGUAUAGCAUUAACUCCACAGCUGAACCUUUGCUUCUUUCAACAAAGAUGUAAAUCAUGCCUAAUGCCUAAUGUGUGCUUUACACUAUUUUGAUCGAAGUUUUGAAUGAAAUUUAUUCUGCUAACCUAAGCCAUAGGCUAAUAAUUAUUUGUAUUUAGUGCUGACAAAAACAAGUUUUUCUUUGAUAUUGAGAGGGGCCCUUAUUUCCAUGUUUUAAGUAUUUUAAUAUAUAACGCAAACAUGUUAUGUAUAUUAUUACAGUUAGAGAUCUUCCAUGGUGUCUCUUUUAUAAGUCUUGAAAAUAUGCACUUGAGCAGUAUUACAGAGACAGCUUAGUGAAACAUCAUUACCAACAUAACCCAUGGUAGCAGACAAGGAUUUCAGGUCAUUUUUUUUCAACAUAGAUAAUGCUAGUUGUCAGAUGCAUUUUGGUGAUGUGAAACAAGCCUUUCCUGUAAAGGAGUCAUAUUUCCUUUAUUUUCUGUUGACUCCUGCCUUAUGAUUUAAUGGCUGAUUUUUUUCUUUUACAGAACAGCUAGUAGAAUCCAGAUUUGAAAUAUUUACACAGUAAUUUAUUUUAUUUAAAGCAUCCAGAAAUUUUGUGUGUGCGACAUAUGUAUGUAUCAGAGGCAUUUUUUUUCUUUUUGUGAACAAACACAUGCAUCAAGUUUCUUUUUAAGUUUUGUGUAUCCAUCUCUUGACUGAAAUGCAGUUUGGUCACAAUUAUUAAUCUACUGGAAGCUGUCAACUAAAUUUUUUUUACCAUAUGAAUGGGUGAUUUUAUUAUCUGUGUGAGGUUAUUAUGUUGAGGAAGUGAUGUGCAUACAAAAAACACACUAAUACUUCUCUGUGCUGGGUUAGUUUUACUGUUAGAAAAUAUGUGUUUAUAUAUAUUUAAUAUACUUCAUUAUUCUCAGUCCUUUUAAUUAUAAGAUGAGCGAUUGCUUUUGUUUUUUGGGGUUUUUUUAAUGACACGUGUACAGGUAAAUAAAAAGUUGUACAGUUCAUACACAAAAACAAAACUUUUAAUAUGCUGUUUUCUUUUCAAGUUUUAUGCACAUUUGAAUUGUCUAAAAAUAAAGCAGUGGCUGUGUGGAACAGUUGU